GUGACUUUAUCUCCCAAUGACUCAGAUGGGCAUCAGUUCGCUUCUGGUGUUUUUAAUUGCUUAUGCUGCUUUAAACAGUUUUUAACGUAAUUUAAUCUAGUUUAUAUAGUGUCCGGUAAUCUUGAAACAGUACUUUGUAAGCAUGUCAGCAGAGGUAUCGUACCAGGCGAUAAAAACCGCAAACCAAGUACGAGAAGCGGAUGAAAUGAAAACAGAAGCUAGACGCAAAAACUUGCUAAUUCUUAUUAUGCAUUACUUGACUCAGGAAGGGUAUAUUGAUGCUGCAAAUGCUCUUGAACAAGAAACCAGUUUAGGCUUGCGUCGCUUUGAAGUCUGUGACAAUGUAGAUCUGGAAACUAUACUAAUGGAGUAUGAAAGCUACUACUAUAUCAAAUUCCAGAGAUACCCCAAAAUCACCAAAAAGUGUACAGAUACUGCAGAAAAUAAGCAGCAGCCUAGAAAUGGAGCAAAAUUAAAAAGAACAAUGAGUUCCACUUCUCCAUCUUUCCCUAAAAUACCAGCACGACCACAAUCAAAAACUGCUAGCAAAAAACCUGAAGUAAAACCUCCAAGCAAGGACAGUCCCAAACAGGAAAAUGGUAAUUAUCCUUCACCACAUAGCCAUGAUAUGGGCUUGAAUGUUUCUGGAAUUAACAAAGUGGUCGGAGUGGAAGGAAUUCAGCCAAAAAGGGGUCAAAUAAUUGAUUUCCGUGGAUUGAUUCAGGACGCCAUUAAAGGUGCAUCAAAUGAAAUAGCUUUAAACAGCCUUAAUUAUAAUCUGGAUCCCUCGGAGCGUUUAUUAAAACCUGUAAGUACCUUUGUAGGAGUUAAUAGUGAAAUGAGAGAGCUGGCAGCUGUCAUAAGCAGAGAUAUCUAUCUUCAGAAUCCUAAUGUUAGGUGGGAUGACAUUAUUGGACUUGAUGCCGCUAAGCGACUAGUCAAGGAGGCAGUUGUAUAUCCUAUUAAGUAUCCACAGUUGUUCACUGGGAUUCUUUCUCCGUGGAAAGGAUUGCUCUUGUAUGGCCCUCCAGGUACUGGAAAAACACUGCUUGCUAAGGCAGUUGCUACUGAGUGUAGCACAACAUUCUUUAACAUUUCAGCAUCAACUAUUGUCAGCAAGUGGAGAGGUGAUUCUGAAAAACUUGUACGGGUGCUGUUUGAACUUGCUCGAUUUCAUGCUCCUUCAACAAUUUUCCUCGAUGAGUUGGAGUCUGUCAUGAGCCAAAGAGGCACUGGGCCUGGUGGUGAACAUGAAGGAAGUCGGCGAAUGAAGACAGAAUUACUAGUACAAAUGGACGGGCUUGCCAGAUCAGAUGAUCUUGUUUUUGUUUUAGCAGCUUCCAACCUACCAUGGGAACUUGAUCAUGCCAUGUUGCGUCGAUUAGAGAAAAGGAUUUUGGUGGACCUUCCAAGCAGAGAAGCAAGAAAGUCAAUGAUUCAGCAUUGGCUUCCACCUGUUAGUAACAGUGGAGCAGUGGAGCUAAGGACUGAAUUGGACUAUGCCAUAUUAGCUGAUGCAACUGAAGGAUACUCAGGUUCUGAUGUAAAGCUUGUCUGUAAAGAAGCAGCAAUGCGGCCAGUGAGAAAAAUUUUUGAUGCACUUGAAAGUCAUCAUUCAGGUAACAGUGAUUUGCCAGUAAUCAAACUGGACACAGUUAAGACUUCCGAUUUCCUCGAUGUGAUAACCCAUACAAAACCAUCUGCAAAGAGCCUUACUGAGAAGUAUGUAGCCUGGCAAAAGGAAUAUGAAUCGGUGUAAAACUAAUAUAGACUCUGGGAAAUACCCAGAGAAUAUGUCUGAAAAGCUUACAUCUCAUAAUGGAUACCUCUCUGCUUCACAGUGAGGAUAGUGUAUCAGACAGUAAAAGAAAUGUGAACCUCUUCUAGAGUAAACCAUUUCUAGACAGUACAAGAAGCAAAGAGGGGUUGUUGCUGACCCAAAUUCCAGAGUCAACAAGGGUUCUUUAAUAAGAAAGGACAAUUAAAAAAAAAUAAUAAAGCUCUUCAUAAAUGUACUACUUGAACGCACAGCAGUAAACUACCUACAAGACUGUUAAAAUUCAUGAUUAAUGCAAAUUGCACAGUAAACACUAGUUAUAUUACUGUUUAUAAGUAUUAUCUGUUAUUGUGUGCCAGUUUUGUAAGUACACCCUUGUACUAGAGUUCAUGUUUACCAGCGUCAAAUCCAGUUUUGAAAUGCUGUGUAACUAUGAUCCAUUGUAGCAUCAAUGACAAGGGUUAUGUGUAUUGGCACCUUUACUUGCACUAUUUUGUCACCUGCCAUGUGAUGACAUUUAAAAUAGUUGGAAUGAUGUUAUGUGGAAAAACAUUCUUUUGUAAGGGAUUAUUGGUUAUACUCAUAAUUUAUAUGGUUUUGCUGUUUGCCCUCUUGCUAUAUUUAUAAACUAAUGGAGGGUUAUAUAUUCCAUUAAAACCCACAUUUUUUUCAUUUA